AUGUCAGGAAUGAAAGGGAAGUAGGGUACAGUAGGAUACGGUUGGAUAAAAGAGAAGGGUAGGGUUGGGUAAUUGAAAGCACAGGAAAGCAAGGCAGGGCAAUGGCAAGACAAGAGCAGUCAGGGAGAGCACGGAGAAAACAGAGAGCAAGGCCAGGGCAAGGCCAGGGCAAAGCCAGGGCAAAACCAGGAGCAAAGCCAAGGCAAGGCCAGGGGCAAGGCCAGGAGUAAGGGUAGGGCAAGGCCAGGGCAAGGUCAGGGCAAGGCCAAGGCCAAGGCCAAGGCCAAGGCCAAGGCCAAGGCCAAGGGCAAGGCCAGGGCAAGGCCAGGGGCAAGACCAGGGGCAAGACCAGGCUAG